GAAACCUCCCCUCCAAUACACCCACACACGAAGAGACACCUACACCUUUGGAGAGGCUCUCCACUCUACCUUCUCUGUCCACGCAUCCCUCUGGAUUCCCUCUUGCUUUCUCGGCAGCGUCGACUUCGUAGCCAAAGAACAUCGCGAAUCCUGGACGUCUCAUAGUGUCGUGCCCGCGGAUUACCUUUCGUUCUUAAUUAAAAUCGUAUUCGCGAUCGAAUUCAAUUUGAUUAGAUCCGACCUAACAUCUUAACUUUUAGCAUUGAAUGUAAUAUUAAAGUGACUUCAAGAAGGACAAGUAUCUAAAUAAUCGAAUUGGAUUUGUCGUCAAAUUUCAAGAGCAAUUGAGAAGACGAAUGUUAGCAGGAUGUCUCGUAGAUCGUGUUUACGUCGUUCAUGAAGACGUCCUCGCUGAAUCGUUCGAGUGAUUUGCGAUCGGCGUAAACGAGACGCAUCCCGAGAAUUCCGAUCGUCCUCGGCGUAAUCUCAAUUCCCAGUCGGACUACCCAACAAGGAGGAACGAAGGAGUUACUUCUUCUUCUUUGUGCAGGAUGUAUAAGAGAAUGAUUUUAGCGAUCGUACGCGAGAAACCGUGCUUGGUGACUAGUCAAUGGAAUCAGCCAGUGUCUUCGAUGGAUAGCUCAUCUCGAACGGGUUUGCCUCUUUCUCCGUGAGAGUGAGAAAGAAAGAGAGAAACAGGGAGAGAGACAGAGAGAGACAGACAGAGAGAGAGAGAGAGAGAGAGAGAGAGAAAGAGCGAGAGAGAGAAAGAGAGCUGGUCCAGGAACCAGCGGAAUUCUCCUUCUCGUUUCUUACGUCGAGUCAGCGAGUUCGAUCACGUUCGGGUUUAACCGUCGGACCUAAAGCCAAAAGAAGAUUCUCCAAAGGGAACGCCGACUAGAUAUAUCCCGUAAAGCUAUCGCUUUACCGACCGAUUCCCGAGCUUUUUUCUCGACGUGGCAUGCACCGUUUGCAUCGGACCCGGGCCACAUUUACAUCGACGCGCGUGUAAAAACCGAGCCGUCGCUCGCUCGACGCCAAAGAUCGAGGGGAGGCUACGUUUCGCAAGCCACGAACGAGAUAGAUCCUUCCGAUCGAGUUGGAACCUCGAAAGCCUAGCCGAUCGUUCUCCUGUACUUUGCCGAUUUCAUCUUCCUUGAAAUUCUUUGGGAAUAUAAAUUAUCAAGGAUUAUAUUUAUUAUAUCGAAGAAAAAAUAAAUAAAUGAAUAAACAAAGGAAAACAGAAAAAAAGGAGAAGAAGGAAAAAAAAUAAAGGAGAAAGGAAGAUCUUCGUUAAACUGAAAAACAUGAUCAAACGAGAACGAGCAUAAGGUUGAUCUCCCUCGUUGAGAUUGGUCGUAAAGGAAAGAAACAAAAAAAAAACAGAUCAUUUCGAUCUGAAAACGGCAUGUUCAAGGUUAAGUCGAGAUAAACCGAGACCUGUGGACAGUAGUACCGAUAAGGAGUCGGAUCGUUGCCACGAAGUCUGCGAGAGUAAAAGAGAGAAACGACGAGUGUGUUGUUGGCUUUAGGCCUGCGAGGACUAACGUCGAUGCUCUUUUUCAUCUAUGCUUUUCGAUCUUCGCAUUUACUCUAUAAUUUUGAGUUAACUUUUCGUGUUACGGUGAAAAAACGAAUUUGUUACAUCACGAUGAAUCUCGUAAAGGAUCCUUUUGCAAAACGAAGACAGAAGACGGAGAGAAACGAAAAGGUUCGCGAAGGAUCGUUUCGACGUGAGAUAAAAAGGAAGAUUUAAGAAGAAACUGUCAAAAGAUCAGGUUUUAUGGAAUUCGAAAUACGAAAAGAGUCAGAAACUUUCGACGAGACACGUCGAUUCGUUAAAGCGUUUCUCGAAAGAUGACGAUUUGUAAUUAGAACGCGAUAAAGAUUCGAGCACGUGUAAAUACUGCGUGUAAUGUUUCGUUCAUUGACGAGGACGAUUCAAUGGUAUCGAUCUUUAAAGAUAUUAACAGUAAAUAUAUCUGACAUCACGUUCGUGAUUUCACAUAAGGAUUUAUAGAUCAGUUAGUUUGUUUUUUAACGAAAGUGACCAAGGACGCUCUGUAUAUACAAAUCGUAAUCGGAGAAACUAAUCGAUGAAAAUUAUUAAGCGAUAGUGCGAUCGAGUGGCUCUCGACGAUUACUUCGAUUGCCAAAGACGCCUACCAACUAUACGGCUACCGUCGCACAGUGAUCAACGGAAUCUUACCGGCGGAACGGACGAUACGGCACGACGAGUAGACAAGAAGACAUCGAUUUAUUUAUUAGACUCGAUAAAUCAUCGUAUUCUUUUUUCUUUCAACAACAAAAGAAUUACAUAGUUGGAUCAGUGAUAAGUGAGAAGUGCCAGUGUCGAAAUCGGAUCACGUGUGUAAACUCGAACGAAAGCAAAAGCUCAAGAUCGAAACAUCUAACUAUCUAAUUAGGUAAAAAGGAUCGAUAAGAGAUUUAUUUUCUUCGAACUAUAUGAGUGAUUCUCAAGUUGAAAACAAUAUCGUUUAAUUGUUUGCAAAGGAAGCUAUCGAAGUUGAUUCAAAUAUAGAGAUAUAACAAAACGAGAAACUAUAUCGAGUGAAUAGAAAUAAAAAUAUUCUAAUUUGAUAGCUCGAUCGAGGAUAUACUUAGACUGGAGCUGUACUUGCCAUACGCACCACUGCCGGGGGGUGGCGAGAUCCUCCCGGCAGUGAGCACGGGCGCUGCUUCAGGUGGCUGUCGUCCGGUGCUAUUGGGUGGCAUCGAUUUGUCGAUGUCGGCAGCGGUGGAACCGGUUCCGACGCUACCAACGCUACCAACGAGCGGACUACCAGCUCACAAUCCUCUCCAUCAUCCGCCCGGAGGACUGGCCUUGCCACCCUUGGCUUCGGCCUCAGUUAUGAUGCCACGUCCACCACCGGGAACCACCAUGCCACCUCUUGGUCCAUCCUCUUUGCCGCAGGCUCAUCAAGAUACCGGAGACCUUGCGGACACUCCGCCCAAUCCUGACGUCCUCUUGGCUCUUCUAGCCAGGAAUAAAAACUUGGAAGCCUCGAUACCGAAAUGUGGUGGUUGCCAGGAAGCAAUCUUGGAUAGGUACGUGUUAAAGGUCCUAGAAAGGUGUUGGCACGCGAGAUGUCUAACCUGUCGAGAUUGUGGAGCAAGACUAACGGACAAAUGCUUCGCGAGAAACGGCCAUGUCUUUUGCAAGGACGAUUUCUUCAAGUGUGGCAGGCGUUUUGGGACGAAAUGCGCGGGCUGCGGCCAAGGCUUGGCACCAUCGCAAGUGGUAAGGAGAGCGCAGGAGUUGGUGUAUCAUCUGACGUGUUUCUCCUGCGCACUCUGCUCGCGACAGUUGGACACCGGGGAUGAAUUUUACCUCAUGGAAGAUAGAAAACUCGUCUGCAAGCCGGACUACGAACAAGCCAAGGCAAAAGAGCUGGCUGACGGUGGUAGCAUCGAUGGCGAUCAACCGAAUAAGAGGCCGCGAACGACGAUCACGGCGAAACAAUUGGAAACCUUGAAAUUGGCGUACAAUACCAGUCCAAAACCAGCGAGACAUGUUCGAGAACAGCUCUCGCAGGACACAGGUCUGGAUAUGCGUGUCGUCCAGGUGUGGUUUCAAAACAGGAGGGCAAAGGAGAAGAGACUGAAGAAGGACGCCGGUAGAACAAGAUGGUCGCAGUAUUUUCGAAGUAUGAAAGGGACAAGUGCAGGUGGACAUUCGCCUAGGCACGACAAACUACUCGACAAGGACGAACUUAAAGUCGAUUUGGAUUCGACCUUCGGCCAUCACGAUUUGAGUAACGAUAGUUACGGGACGGUCGUGAAUAUGGGAUUGGACGGAGAAGGUGCGAGUCCAGGUGGUGGUGGAAACAGUGGUAGCGGUGGACCACCUCGUGGUUAUUUAGGUGCAACGACACCACCUUAUCUAUCGACAUCCAGAUCGCCGUCCUUACCACCACAAUUUCCAUACCCACCGGAUGCAGGUCUUUCUGUAUACACUACUCUCGGCGGUCCAGGAGGUAUGGUACCAGGACCUGCAUCGGAUCUUAGCAACGAAUCGAGCGGGGGUGGUGGUGGUGGUGGUGGUGGCGGUGGUGGUUAUCCCGACUUUCCACCCUCGCCGGAUUCCUGGCUUGGAGAGCCACCCUCGCACGCUCAUCACCACUCGCACUACGCCACAUAACCCGCCAAAGCCGAACAAAAUCGAAUACCGUCUAAAAUAAUGCAACGCUACGGGAUACUUACCUGACGACAGAUCUUUCCUCGAGAUUACGACAAAUGAGAAGAAUCGCGUGUCCUCGGAUCUCUUCCGUUAGGGUCGACUCGUCGUCGUCAUUUUAGCCCACUGCACACUUAUGUCAUUAUACUUGAGACUACGCGUUGCGAUUUGUUCGAAUUCGUUUAUUAUGUACAAAUUCUACAUUGCCUCGAAACGAAAGGGUAAUCAAAAAGGCGCGGAAUUGAAAAACAGAACGGUUUGGAAAUACGAACAAGUUCGAAAAAGGCGCUCGAGUAGUACAGAGUCUUUAAAUCGAGUGUAAAUUUUGGAAAUGAUCGUCAUUAAAAGGAAGAGUUAUAAUCGGUA